UGCAACAGCCAUUGAUGUUUCUCACACAAGCUACCAGUCACGUUCCCUGACACCACACCAUGACACACACACACACACACACACGCCACCCCCCAUGUGUUUGACUCCUGCUUUCUGCCCCCCCAGGGGUAUUUGAUCGUCCUCUCAAUGCAGAUGGGUGGGGGAGGUGACGGGCGACGACUGACUGUCACUGUGGGGGUGUUGGACUCCCGAUGAGCUCCAAUCUCAUAUGCACAGAGUCCAUCAGAGUGUGAGUUAAUGCAAGCGGCAUCAAAACUUUUCGCUUGACUUUCUCUACUGUGUCAAGGGGUGCGCUAAAAGAAUGGCUCGGUCCAUAACAGCUACGCAGCAAUAGAAUUAGCUCAUUACGGUGAACUGGUUUUGAAUGUAGUUGCUGCAUUUUUUAGGGAUUUUGGGACAGCGCAAGAGUUACUCAACGUAAACUUUUCAACCUUCAACAACCUCAACAACCUCUCUCUGUUCCCUCCUCACCCUACACACUCAGGCCAGGAUGGAUCAUGACUGGCAUUCGAGCAGGCGAAGUGGCCAUCGGCACUAUGAUGAUGACGAAGACCAACAGUCCAUCUACAUCGGCGUUCCAGUUCCGCGGGGCUACAGACGCAAACGCCGUCGUCACCGCCACCGCCACAACGGGGAGGAGGGCCGCAGCGAGCGAAGACACGGUCGUCAUGAGCACCACGGCCGCGAGGAGCACUACGACGCCGACGACGGCUCAGAGGGACCCUCGCAUCAUCAGUCGCAGCAGUCGCUGUCCGACGUCAACUCCACAAUUUCCCCGGCCGCCGAGCGCCUGCGUUGUCUCCUGGGGGAGGAUGAUGAGCCGACCCCCACCAUCUUCACAGAGAUGGACACACUGCAGCACGAGGGGGGAGAGAUGGAGUGGAAGGAGUCUGCCAGGUGGGUGAAGUUUGAGGAGAAGGUGGAGAAGGGUGGUGAGAGGUGGAGCAAGCCCCACGUGUCCACUCUGACUCUGCACAGCUUGUUCGAGCUGCGCACCUGCCUACAGACUGGCAGCAUUCUGCUCGACCUGGAGGGAUACUCCUUGCCCCAGAUCAUCGACGACAUAGUGGAGCGUCAGGUCCAGGACGGGCUGAUCGGUGAGGAGCUGAGGGAACAGAUCAGCUUUGUGCUGCUGAGGAAACAUCGGCACCAGACCAAAAAGCCCAUUCACCGCUCACUGGCCGACAUCAGCAAGACCUCCAGCCCCACUCCAGCCAGACGUAGUCCUAGGACGGCAUCAGGUCUCCAUCGCUCCACUGAGGACCUGCAUGGCCGGAACAGUGGCAGCCUCGGACGGCUGCAUCACGCUCAGAGUCGCAGUAUGAACGACAUCUCUGAAACGCCCAGUACAGACCAGCUGAAGAAUAAGUUCAUGAAGAAGAUCCCACGGGAUGCAGAGGCUUCCAAUGUGCUGAUUGGAGAGGUGGACUUCCUGGACAAGCCAUUUGUGGCCUUCGUACGAUUGGCUCAAGCCACCACUUUGGGCGGGCUCACUGAGGUCCCUGUGCCCACCAGUAAGUCCGUGUUGAACCUGAAUGAGUUGGGACAGAUGAACGGGACAGCAGGAGGAGGUGGAGCUGCCUCUGACGACGAGCAGAUGCCUGCCCCUCACGAGCUGGGAGAGGAGCUGGCGUUUACUGGGAGGUUUUGUGGAGGUCUCUAUCUGGACAUCAAGCGCAAGCUGCCGCAUGUUUUCAGCGACAUCUACGAGGGCUUCCACAUCCAGUCCAUCUCGGCGGUGCUCUUCAUCUACCUGGGCUGCAUCACCAACGCCAUCACCUUCGGGGGCCUCCUGGGGGACGCCACAGACAACUACCAGGGUGUCAUGGAGAGUUUCUUGGGAACGGCGUUAGCGGGAACAGUCUUCUGUUUAUUUGGUGGCCAACCACUCAUCAUCCUCAGUUCAACUGGACCCAUCCUCAUCUUUGAAAAACUGCUCUAUGAGUUUAGCAAGUCAAACAGCAUCGACUACAUGGAGCUGCGCCUGUGGAUCGGUCUGCACUCGUGCUUCCAGUGUCUGAUCCUGGUGGCGACGGACGCCAGCUUUAUCAUCAAGUACAUGACGCGCUUCACCGAGGAGGGCUUCUCCAGCCUCAUCUCCUUCAUUUUCAUCUCCGACGCCAUCAAGAAGAUGGCGGGCUCCUUCAAGUACUACCCCAUCAACCGCGGCUUCAAGCCCGACUACGUCACCACCUACAAGUGCGAGUGCUUGGCGCCGGAUCAGAUUCCUCUGGGUCCUGAUAACAUGACUGAGUUGUAUAACAUGACAGGUCUGGACUGGAGCCAGCUCAGUAAGAAGGAGUGCCUCAAGUACGGCGGCGACCUGGUGGGCAAGGCCUGCAAGUACGUGCCGGACCUGGCCCUCAUGUCCUUCAUCCUGUUCUUCGGCACCUACUCCAUGACCGUCUCGCUCAAGAAGUUCAAGACCAGCCGCUACUUCCCUACCAAGGUGCGCUCCCUGGUUGGGGAUUUCGCCAUCAUCAUCUCCAUCCUGGUGUUCUGUGGCCUGGACUGCCUGCUGUCCCUGGAGACUCCCAAACUGCAUGUCCCCACAGAGAUCAAGCUUCGUAAGCUCAUCAGUGAUUUUUCCAUCUUCAUGUCAAUCAUGACGUUCGUGGGCCUUGACAUGCUCAUGGGCCUAGGUACGCCUAAGCUAAUCGUUCCCACAGAGUUUAAGCCCACAAGGUCAGACCGCGGAUGGAUCGUCAUGCCCUUUGGGAAGAACUCAUGGUGGGUAUACCUGGCCAGCGCCGUCCCUGCGCUGUUGGUCACCAUCCUCAUCUUCAUGGACCAGCAGAUCAGUGCUGUCAUCGUCAACCGCAAAGAGAACAAACUUAAGAAGGGCUGCGGGUACCACCUGGACUUGUUCUGGGUGGGCAUCCUGAUGGCCGUCUGCUCCUUCCUGGGGUUGCCAUGGUACGUGGCUGCCACCGUUAUCUCCAUCGCCCACAUCGACUCCCUGAAGAUGGAGAGCGAAUCGAGCGCACCAGGCGAGCAGCCACAGUUCCUGGGAGUUCGGGAACAGAGGGUGACGGGGAUACUGGUGUUUGUAUUGACCGGAGUCUCCAUAUUCCUUGCUCCCAUACUUCAGUAUAUUCCCAUGCCUGUUCUCUAUGGAGUUUUCCUGUAUAUGGGGGUGGCAUCUCUAAAUGGCAUUCAGUUCUGGGAGAGGAUUAAGUUGUACCUCAUGCCAGCCAAGCACCAGCCAGACUUCACCUUCUUGCGGCACGUGCCCCUGCGCCGGGUCCAUCUCUUCACCCUGGUGCAGAUCACCUGCCUGGCCGUGCUCUGGAUCCUCAAAUCCACCAUGGCUGCCAUCAUCUUCCCAGUCAUGAUCCUGGGGCUGAUGGUGGUGCGGAAGCUUCUGGACUACAUGUUCUCCCAGCACGACUUGGCCUGGCUGGACGACAUCCUGCCCGAGAAGGACAAGAAGAAAGCGGAGGAGAAGAAGAAAAAGAAGGACAAGAAGAAGGGCAAAGCUGCGCAGCAUGACAGCGACGAGGAGAAGUAUCAGGCUUGUUCCCCCGAUGAUGCCGAACUGGACCGCAGUGUCACCCUGCACCUGAAGAUCUCCUGCCCCCCCUCCCCGGUCCAGAGCCCCCCUGCCGUCCACCAGCAGGCCUUCUGCCCCCUGCCUCAGGUCAGGAUUCAGGUGGACUCGGACUACGAGGACUCCGACCCUCCUCGUCUGCCUCACCUUCAUCAUCAGCAUCAUCCUCACCCUCUUCUUCAUCCUCACAGGGGCUGGGACCUGGACUAUGGCACCCAGUUGUAAUCUCUUGAGAGACACCAGACAUCUCUCUUGAGAGUGUGUAUCAUUCACAAUCCAACAGGGACACGCUUUCCACAACUGCUGUAACUAGGAGACAGAGAGAGAGAAAGAAUGGUCAGAAUGAUAAGUCUCCCUUUUAAUGCAUUUAAUGGUGGUAGCUGCCCAGUGAUGCUUUUGGGAAACAUCUAGGCCUGGUGUCCAAAAAGCAUGGCUAAAGGAGCUUUCAGAGAAAGAGAAAGAGAGAGGGAAAAUGAUCUGUUCCAUUGUCAUCGGGUGUUUGGAUUGCGGUGUCAGAAGUGUCGACAAUGCUAUGCUUCUUAGAGAUCAUGUUUGAUGGCAGGACUUCAUCAUACUCACAUAUGAAGGAUAACAAAAUGAUCUUAGUACUGACACAUACAGAUGACUACAUAAUAAGCACACAAAUGGUGACAAUUUAAUUUGUAAUUUUGUUUGUAUUGGACUUUCUAGGUUAUUUUUUUUUCUUUUAAUGAUGAUUUACGUCCAGUAUUAAAGGAGCAACCAAAUGUUUAAUCGAAAUAAAUAGCAAAACACUAUUGUACGUGAACAUAUUUUUCUUUCUGCUAUCUCAGCUUUUGCUCAUAAAUCAUUAGUGUGUGUAUUAUUAAACGGUGUCAAAGCAGUUGAAUGAAUGAGUGUGCAUAAGGCUGUGUGAUUGAGAGACAAUGUAAUUAAAAAAUGUAAAGAUAAAAUUGCAUGUAAUAUAAUAAAAAUGUAUUUAAUCUAAAA